CUGUUCAAUAUGAAAUUCACUAUUGUUGCUUCUGUAGCUGCUCUAGCUUUUGCCGGGCAUGCUGCGGGCAAAUCCGGUGUUGCUAUUCGUCUAAAGGCAACUCCCCCGGAGCUGUUCAGCCCGUGCCUCAAGAACCCGUGCCCGUCUGGCAAGGGCUGUGCUGAACUUCAGCCGGCCUGCCUUGUUGGCCCGUGCUUCCCAGAGGUCAAAUGUAUUUAAGUUAACUGGCGUUACCCAAAUAAAGCCACUGCCCUUUACUGGGCAGCAGUUGUUGCAAACAUUACGAUAUCGCGCCCAAAGGCCGCAUACUCCAGCGGCUCAAUAGCAAAUGAAGAAUCAAUGGUUUCUGCUGCAACAGCUGGUACACCACCACUUCCAACUAGCACAGGCGC